AUGUUCAUCUCUAAACUGGUCAUUGCGGCUAUCUUCUUCGUUGCCGUCCAUGGGAUGGCCAAUUUUACGAACAGUCAGUUUAACACUAUCGAAGUUGGCAAAAGCUUCCACAUCACAUGGACUGGUAACAAGAACGACGUGAGUCUGGAACUCGUGCAUGGGCCCCGAUAUAAUUUAAUCCCGGUGGAGGUAAUCGCUAAGGACAUAAAAGGUAACUCGUUUGACUGGACCCCAAACGAAAACGUACCUGUGGAUCAAAAUUCCCUCAAGAUUACCGACCUCGACGACCAAGUACCCAACUGGAGUCUUCUAUUUAGCAUCAAAGGUGCCAACGCCUCAUGGGUCUCAUCUGACGACCCUCUCCUCAAUGGAUCUGAGAACCCCGGUACCAACCCCGGAGACACUUCAUCCCCGGGCUCAGGCGGACUUCCAACCGCCGUUAAAGUGGCCCUCGCAGUCGUCAUACCAGUUAUAGUCUUUGUGGUUGGCACAUGUAUUGGGCUCUUGUUGCGAAACAGGAGGGACAAAGCCCGCAGGGGGGAUCAUUCUCCCCGUACAAUGUCAACAGACACCACCCCAACACGGUACAAAUCCAAGUAUCAGAACUACUCAACCCCAAUACGACAGGAACUACACUCCCACUCUGCUACAGUAGUCACUCCCAUCAAGAAGCUCUUGUUCCGUACACAAGAAGUCAACCCAACGCUAAAUCAAGCAUCACCUACAUGGAGCGAAGACGCUGUCACUCCUCCAAACAACCAACCCACAGCUUCUCCAUCCGGUGGAGAAGACGGACUAAACGCCUCGGGUGAAAGAAGACAUAUCUCAAAUUACAACCGUCCGCGGAACGAUCCCGAGUCACCAACUCCCACACGGCGAGUCGUUUCGGCUCCCGUCCGAGAGCAAGACGUCGGGGUCGCUCGCCAAUCACCUCCACCGUAUCCCGAUCAACACUUGGAACUUUCAGCUGGAACACUGGGUCAAUCUCGCGCCGAACUAGAGCAACCACAACCACCUCACGGACUCCCGCAAAACCAAAGAAAUGUCUCCUCUCCUCUGCCAACAUCCAGCAGUUCCUCCAGACAGGUCGAGAGGAACGACCGCGAUCCCUUUGCCAGAGUCGGCUUCGGCAACUCAGAUGAUCCAGGUGAGAUUGUGGCCCACAUGGCUGCGGGGCGGCAGGAAGCGGAGCGCAUGAAGGAGUUGCAGCAAUUGGAGAGCGAGAGGGAGGAUAUUGAGAGGCGUAUUGGGGAGGCUAGACAGAAGCGGGGUUGA